AUGGAGAUACGCACGGGUGCACCGUUGUCGGACACGUCAGAUACACAACCCGAACGAAAACGAGUCCGCCGAUGGCAUCACCGAGGAUUUACAGGGUGUUCCACCUGUCGCAGCCGCCAUGUUCGUUGCGAUGAGGCAUCUCCCGUCUGUAACAAUUGCGUCCGCCUUGGACGCGAAUGCGAUGGCGCUCAAGGGCGGAUGACCUUCAAGGUCUACGGGCCUUCUCAGACACCGACCGAUUCACCGCCGACGAAAAGACGGACAACCUCCAGCCCAGAGUCAAGCGACGCUUCUGCAGUCUCCCCAGCAGGGGAGAUGGAAGAUGUUGACAACAAGCAACUCUGCAGGGCUAUGAGCGCCCCUACAACGCUACCACAACCAAAAACCACGUUCCGUUUCCAGGAUCCUAUGACGUCGAUCAGUAUCGCGAAAUCGAUCCAGCGCGUUGAAGAACGUUAUCUCACUCAUUUCGUCGAUCAGGUAUCAACCUUGCUGAUCAUCUACAACACCGCCCACAAUGCCAAUCCCUACCGCACACAUUUCCCGGACUUCGCCCGGUCGUCUCCAACAAUGGCCAAUGCAAUGCAGGCAUUGGGCGCAUUACAUCUAGCGAAUACAUCAGUGGGGUCGCAGCGAAAUAGGCAUUUCCAGCAGGCAAUGGGCAAAUACGGUGUGGUGGUGAAGGGCUUCCGCGCGCGAUACUCAGAUCCCAGCCAGCAACUUGGAUUAACGGAUUUCGCGACGUGCUUGUUACUUUCCUUAUUUGAGAUGAUGGAUUCCCAACACCACAACUGGGCAGUACAUCUCAAAGGAGCUCGUGAAAUCUACAACCUCCUCUUCUAUCCGCAACCCGGAGACUCGGCACGUGAAGUACAACGCAUCGCCGAGACGAACCACCCGCUCCGUCCAUUCCUCGUCUCCCUACUCUCCUAUCUCGAUGUGGCGGGUGCAUGCGCAACUCCCGGCGGUACGGUGGUCGAAGGUGAUUACUGGAAGACCAUGGGUGGAGGGUGGGAAUACAAUCUUGGGACGCCGAGUUUAUUGUCGACGAUCCCCGAAAACCCGCGUCUGGGCGAGCUGCGACAGGCAUGGUCAAGCCUGAUGGAAGUGCAAGCUUCUAUCAGUACGUUUGCAUCGGACAAGAAAACGUGGAUGACAAGCGAUCAGUCAGACGCGAUGUAUAAAGACAUCUUCAACCAGCUAGUUGUAUGGCGUGCCAUGGCCCCGCCUUGUCUACAGCUGCUCGCCGAUCUGGAUGACGAGAGCCUUGCUCAGUAUCCGUAUCCUGACGUUCUUGAGUAUGCGGGGUGCAUUGAAGCAUAUGAGAAGGCAACAUUCGUUCAUCUGCUUCAGGUUGCUGGAGCUGGGCGUGUCGGUUGGAUCACUGAUUGGACAUAUAUGGGCAUCCUUGUCAGUCGGAUUCUUCUGCUGGUUUUCAAACUGUCAAAAGAUGUCGGCCAAUUGGCUGUUCUGUGGCCGCUUUUCAUUGCUGGGCAGGAGAGUCGGAGUGAGUGUGAGCAAAAAUACGUUCGCCAAACUAUGGAAGAGUUGAAGCGGUUUGGUUUCAGGAACGUCGACAAAGCACUCGAGAUCCUAGAAGGGGUCUGGCUCAAGCGACGCUCCUUUCCUGGAGGUUGGAUUCAGACCUUGGAGGAAGUUCAGACCAAUAUCCUUCUUCCCUAA